CGCCCGCAGUCAUGUCCACGCCGUUACCCCCCCCCCACGCCGGGGGGGGCCGCCCUCCAUCUGCCCUCAGUGGUGGUGGUAGUGGUGGGGGGGCUGCAGCCCGGGCUUUGGGUGCGGGGGGGGCUUCCUACACUGUACCUCCCCCCGCCCCUCCCCCUGGAGCCACAGCAGAGAGGGAUGGGGGGGGGGUUCCGAGCGGGCGACCCCCCCCAAGUUUGCUGUGGACUUACCCGGCUGGGAAGCGGCCCCCCCCCGCCUAUGAGAGUUUGAGAGCGUUGGGACCCCCCCGAGAAAGGCAACGGGACGAGGAGGAGGAUGGAGAGACCGGAGGGGCGUGGGGGGGGCACCGGAGAGCUCCCCCCAGGAGGAAAGAGAGCGAGAAGUUGGCGGAGGAUCGUGCCCCCGCCCCCCUCCCCCCGUCGGGGAUUCCGAUUCGGGCCGAAGCGCUUCGGAUGGCCGGGAACCGAACGGGGGCGGGUCCACCCCCCCAUCCCCCCCCAACAGCCACCACGGAGCCGCCCCCUUCUCUUCCGCGUUUGGGUCGCACCGCUUCCACUUCCGUUCCCCGCCCCACGUCAGGUACCCCCAUCCCUACCACUUCCGGGACCCCCAUUCCUACCACGCGGCCGUGCAGCCAACCCCGUCCGGGGGCGGGGGCAGGUGGGGGCGGGGGGACGUCCGGUCGGGGGUCCGCCGCCGCCCCCCCUUCAAACGCGGGCCCCCCCCGCACGGUACGGGACGGCCAAUUGCAGGAGGUGAUCGAACGCAAACGUUGCGUGUGUACGGAAAUCAAAGCGCGGCGGCGACCACCGCCCGAACGGGGGGGGGUGCUCCGCAAACAGGAAUCCCUGCCGUGUCUGCCCCCCCCCGCCUCCACCACGACCACGGCCUCCCCCCAGCCCCCGUCCCAAAGCGGUUCCGCAUCGCGAGGCCCCGCGUCUCCCCCCCCCCGCCGACCGCACGCGGUGCUGUGGGACACCGCCAUCUGAUGGGGGGGG